AUGCCCAGAUAUUGUCUGUUCGGAGAUGCGGUCAACAAGGCCAGUCGGAUGGAGAGCAACAGAAAACGUACUUAACCUAUUCCUCUUAAUCCCCGAUCAUUUUCAGCCGGCCAAAUCCACGUUACCGCAGAAGCGAAUAAAAUGCUGACACUAGUGGUCGGUGGAUUCCGAACCGAAUCGCGCGGAGAAGUGAUAAUCAAGGGAAAAGGAGUGAUGGAGACAUUUUGGCUACUUGACGAAGAGGCCGGAAUCAGUGUGUCCGCACAGGCUCCGAAAAUGAAACCGGUACUAGAAAUGACUGUAGAGGGGUAAAAUUGUGUUGUUGCAGGAAGCAAGAGCGCCGUCCCAGCGAAGCAUUUCGCCUAUUAUUGAAAAGCAGUCUGAGAAGGAUGACAAAGAAUCGAUGAGGGGACUGUGCACCGAGUUUAAGGAUCAGAAUAAUGCGAAUGCCUAA